CACCAUGAUCAAAACAUGCAUGAUACUGUUGCUACUGAAAAUAUCGAUGCAAUGUACACUACCUAGCUUUAAAAACAACAUAGUGAAGGUAGAUGGUGAGAGUCGAACAAUAAGUGGUUGUAUCUCGCCUGACACCAUUCGAGCUGAAGGUAAAAUUUCCUACAUACUAGCAGAAAAUCAAGAUAUUCAAGAUUUAAAUUACGGCGCAGUUCAGGGAAUUUCAAGCAGCUUUCGUAUCGACUUUCUCAACACCAGCAUCGAGAUUAUCAGACAAGGUGCCUUUUUGGAUCUUCCCCAACUUAUUCGAAUAACUUUGUGGGACAACGAACUCUCCUGGAUUAGUGAAAACGCAUUUCAAGAUUUACCGUUGUUAAAUGAAGUGCACCUAGACCAUAACAAGAUCACCGAUGUAUUGCCACGUGCUUUUAGUAAUCUUCCAAACUUAGAUUCGGUGUCUUUUUUCGGAAAUCAGCUCGAAAACUUUGACCAAUCUUGGUUUUUUAACACGCCAGCUCUUCAAGCUUUAAAAUUGGGACAGAAUCGCCUGCGGAAGAUUCCACGAGGUGCCUUUAUCAAUCUGCCAUCUAUUAAGGAACUGGGAUUCGCUAGAAAUGAAUUAGAGUUUGUCGACAAAGAUGCCUUUAAAGGAUUAAGAAAUUUGAAAUUUUUGAAUAUGGCUGGUAACAAAUUAAAAAGUUUUGACUUUAAUUUCCACACCCCUUCGAAACUGAUGAGUGUUGUUAUUGAGAAUAACAACAUAACGUAUAUAUCUGAUGAAAUUCUGGACGUGAUACGACCCAAAUUAUCUAAAUUUACCAUAGCCGAUAAUCCUCUACAAUGCGCAUGCCUGGAUAAAAUAGUAAAAUGGAGUGACGCCUUUGAUAUAACUCUUCCGCAGAGGGAAUUGCAACAGUCCGGUUCCGUGUGUAUAUACCCAAAGACUAAACCAGACCAGUGUCUUGAAAGAGGUGAUGACGAUUUGCAAGAUGAAUUUUGGGUUAGUUUUGAACGUGAACGCACACCAAUCCAUGUUUUUGAUUAUCUCGAUGAAGAAGGACUAUAUCUAUAAAGUUAUUAUUUGUUAGUUUUAAAACUUGCCAUUAUUUUUUGCUUGUGCGGAUAAUAAAAAAUACUCAAGGGCGUUUUUCACGUCUUCUA